CCUCAAGUGACAAGCAGAAGCCCAGCGGGUUUGUCCCUGGGUAGAUGGAUCACCUGAUACAGACACUGGGGACCAAACGCUGGGAUUGGCUCAAAACAGGGCUGUGUUGCUCCAGUGGCCGGGCUUUGGCGUCCUGUCAAUCUGCCGUCUGCUCAAAAGCCUAGAAAUAGCGCUGGGGCGCUGGGGCGGUCUGCUGGGCUCUGAGAAAGGAAGCAGCCAUGCAAGUGCUAACAAAACGCUACCCCAAGAACUGCCUGCUGACCGUCAUGGAUCGGUACUCGGCCGUGGUGCGGAACAUGGAGCAGGUGGUGAUGAUCCCCAGCCUUCUGAGGGAUGUGCAGCUGAGUGGGCACGGGGGCUCGGUCCAGGACGGAGCCCCUGAUCUCUAUACCUACUUCACCAUGCUCAAGAGCAUCUGUGUAGAAGUGGACCACGGGCUGCUGCCGAGGGAGGAGUGGCAGGCCAAGGUGGCCGGCAGCGAAGCAGGCGAGGCUGAGAAUGACGCUGCUGAAACCGAGGAGGCUGAAGAAGACAGGAUCUCCGACGAGCUGGACCUAGAAGCCCAGUUCCAUCUACACUUCUCCAGCCUGCAUCAUAUUCUUACCCACCUGACCCGGAAAGCACAGGAGGUGACUCGGAAAUACCAGGAGAUGACGGGGCAGGUUCUGUAGGUCUUCGACAGACAGAAGAUCACUUUACACGAGAAGGAAGACUGAUGAGGACCCAGCGGUGCAUCAGCCCUGAGACCUGGAAGGAUGCCUGGACCCAGGCGGACCCACGCGAAGGCCGCGUCUGUCUCCGGGUGCCUCCCACCUCCCUCUGAGCGCAUCUGUGGACUUGGUUGCAGGCUCACCUUUGAGAUGUUUGUUGCAGUUCCCAGCUUCUCUUCCAUGUCUUAGCAGUUUGAGGGUCACAAGGCAGCAAGGGUCAGUAGAAAGCAAAGGUAUUAGCAAGUGGCCAAAGUUCACAUCCCACCUCCGGGGUGCCACAGUUAUUCUUUCAUGUAUAAAGCAGGGAUGCUGUAUCUACCUCACAAGGUUACUAAAAGGAAACACUGUAUCAAAAGCACCUGGCAGCUGCUGACGUCCGAACAGCUGGUGUUUCUCUCACCUUUCUUGGAGUGCAUGCUGUAUGUAGCUCUUGCUUUUAACGCCCCGGGAAAGGUUGAGGUAGCUGAGUGUGAGAUGAGCUACUCACCCUGUUGGAUCUGACGUGGCUGAGCACAAGUCAACUACGAACCUAACUAUUGUAGUAGCAAUUAAAAAAAAU